AGAGAGAGAGAGAGAGAGAGAGAGAGAGAAAAUUUAAACAAAAGAGAAGAGAGGAGAUCGAGAGGAGGCAGGCACAGAGAGAAUUUUAGGGUUUGGGAGACUCCAAAGAAAUUGGCUUAACCUUAAUUGUGAUUUCAUCCUCCUUCAUUUCUACACUUCUGUGUCUUUGAACAACACUCUUUCUCCUCGUCAUGGUGGCCACUUCUGCUACGUCCUCAUUCUUUCCUGUACCAUCUUCCUCCCUUGACCCUAACGGAAAGGGGAACAGAGUUGGUUCCACCAACUUAUCCGGACUUAAUUCUACUCCAAACUCUGGAAGGAUGAAGGCCAAACCAAACGCUCAGGCUACACCUAAGAUCAACGGGAAGAAAGCUAACUUGCCUGGUUCAGUGGAGAUAAUAUCAAAGCCUGAUAACGAGACGUCACAACCUGCGCCUGCGCCCAGAACGUUCAUUAACCAGCUACCUGACUGGAGCAUGCUUCUCGCUGCUAUAACCACCAUUUUCCUUGCAGCUGAGAAACAGUGGAUGAUGCUUGACUGGAAACCCAGGCGUUCCGACAUGAUUAUGGAUCCUUUCGGUUUAGGGAGGAUCGUGCAGGACGGGCUCGUGUUCCGUCAGAAUUUCUCCAUUAGGUCUUAUGAGAUAGGUGCUGAUCGCUCUGCAUCUAUAGAAACCGUCAUGAAUCAUUUACAGGAAACGGCCCUCAACCAUGUGAAGUCUGCCGGACUGCUGGAAAAUGGGUUUGGUUCCACCCCUGAGAUGUUUAAGAAGAAUUUGAUAUGGGUCGUUGCUCGUAUGCAGGUUGUCGUUGAUAAAUAUCCUACUUGGGGAGAUGUUGUCGAAGUGGAUACAUGGGUUAGUCAGUCUGGAAAGAAUGGUAUGCGUCGUGAUUGGCUGGUUAGGGAUUGCAAUACUGGAGAAAUUGUAACACGAGCAUCAAGUUUGUGGGUGAUGAUGAAUAAACUAACAAGGAGAUUGUCAAAGAUUCCUGAAGAGGUUCGCGGGGAAAUAGAGCCUUAUUUUGUGAACUCUGAUCCUGUCAUUGCUGAAGACAGCAGAAAGUUAACCAAACUUGAUGACAAGACUGCUGACUAUGUUCGUUCUGGUCUCACUCCGAGGUGGAGUGACUUGGAUGUUAACCAGCAUGUUAACAAUGUGAAGUACAUUGGUUGGAUACUGGAGAGUGCUCCAGCCGGGAUGUUGGAGAGUCAGAAGCUGAAAAGCAUGACUCUGGAGUAUCGAAGGGAGUGCGGAAGAGACAGUGUGCUUCAGUCUCUCACCGCGGUUUCUGGAUGUGAUGUCGGUAACCUCGGGACAGGCGGGGAAGUGGAGUGUCAGCAUUUGCUUCGCCUCCAGGAUGGAGCCGAAGUGGUCAGAGGAAGAACAGAGUGGAGUUCCAAGACACCAACAACAACUUGGGACACUACUACAUCGUAAACAUGGGGUUCCUUUGUAAACUGUACCUGCUGCUGCUGCUACCUUCUUGCAACCACCUUUGUAUAUCUCUUCCUUUUUUUUUUGCUUGAUGGAGAUAUAUAUUAUUAUUUAUUUAAUCUUUCUAUUUUUUUUCUUAUGGAAAAUGGUGUCGUGUCUGAUACGAUUAUGUGAUAUAUUAUUUGUAAACCCAUGUGCCAGCGCCAGACAAGGCAAUAACUUUCUUAUCCUAAAAUUUAUUCUACCUUCU